AUGCCGUUGAUUGAAUGUAAUGUUGUUUUUUUUUCUUCAUCAAGGUACUUAAAGACUGUUCUGCUAACAAUAAUUUGUAUUUACUUUCAAGUUCUUUUGUUGCCCCUCCGAUUGCUAUCAGUGUAUUAGCAAAUUGUGAACAAAAUCUCCAGCAGUUUUAUUGCUCUAUUUUGCCUACCAUUGAGUGAUUAAUAAAUAAAUACAUAAAAAAUAAAAGAUAAGGGUAGUAAACUACAAUCUUUCCUGAGGUUAGUUUGCCUAAUACCCAACAUUAAAUAUAUUCCAACCACUGGGUUUGAUUUGAUUUGACAUGGGAGAGAAAUCGGAGGAACACGCAGCGCUUCUCUCUGCCACCUCCAAACACUAGGCAAAAACAGGACAGAGCCGGAGAAAUAGAUCGAAUAACAGAUGUUAUCUUUUAACCCCAGAGAUGAUGUAGAUGGUGCUGGAAAGGACACUGAGAGAGAGAAAUUAACUUCACAAAUAUUGAUGUAAAUAUAUUUGUAGUUACCUGCUUAAAAGAUGUGUCACGAGCCACUUUGCAACCAACUGCUACGGUAAAUUGCCUAUAGCUGAAUGAAGGUUCCAAAGCUUGGGAUAAGUGAUAAGUGCAUCACGUUCUAUUUCCGCAUAUCAAAAAAACGCACGAAAACACGCAAAUGGCUCAUCACCAGCGAAGUAAAAAUAAUGAGAUACGUCUGGAAACCUCUUCCUUAGAAAGAACCUAACUCGAACACUAUUUGUAUUCACCAGGAUGUCUUUUUAUUAGUUUUUGAUAGUCAGUUGAUUAAAAAUUAAUAAUAAUAAAAUUAAAUUUGUUUUCAUUGCUUUUGUUGUUUAUGGAAUGCACUAGGUUGACAUAAUAUUCUCAUCUACGUUACUCUAUCUUUAGAUCUCAGACAUCGAAUGAUGGCUUCAAAACCAUGUAUCAGAAGGAAGCGACAAAGACAGCAUUGUCACUAAGGAAGGAAAAGUUUCGCUUGUAAAACACACGUAAAGGUGGGUGCUAUCUUGUUUGGAGUACAAGAAUGUGUGUCCCGUUAACAAAAAGGGCCGGCUAGUGGGAUACAAGGGGCUCCUUUUUUUGAGUGCUCCUGUGAAAAUGCACAGACAGGCAAUAAAAAAAAGUCGGUAUCAGUUACACCUCUUGCAGUCAAAGCACCUGAGACUUUCAAUAAAGAGGUCACCACGGUGUGGUAGUCUAACCAAUUAGCCCCUCAAACAAGCAUUCAGCACAAAGCUGUCCAAGAGUGGAUGUGUAAAUACUUAAUGCGAAAGAGAAUGACAUCACCACAAAGCAAAACCUGUGGAUUCAUUACAAAGAAAGCAAUCAACUGGAUGAGGAUCCAAAAAGAUCAUUUUUUUUCACAUGUAGGUAACAUAAUAAGGCACCCUCCUUUUGCAAAAGUAUGGGGACUGGCAAUAGUUGCGCAUGUGCAAUGUCCAUUUAGUGUUGUCUUAUCUUCAGUUUCACGGUUCCCACUGUUAGCGGUUUAAGACACGUGAGAAAUAGUAACAAAUAACAUAAUUGUGACCUCUCACGCGAUAACGUUCCGAACGCUAGCUGGUCGAACGCUGAACGGAACGGCAAGCGAACGGGCGACGAACGGUUAGGCAAGCCGUUCGAAACGGAUACCGUAAAUGGAUGAACGGCUAAUUAAGAUUUUCGAACGGAUGAGGUCGAACGGAUAAACGGCUCCUUGAAUUUUUCGAGCGGAUGAGGUCGAUCGGAUAAACGGCUAAUUGAAAUUUUCGAACGGAUGAGGUCGAACGGAUAAAUGGCUUCUUGAAUUUUUCGAACGGAUGAGGUCGAUCGGUAAACGGCUUCUUGAAUUUUUCGAACGGAUGAGGUCGAUCGGUAAACGGCUAAUUGAAAUUUUCGAACGGAUGAGGUCGAACGGAUAAACGGCUUCUUGAAUUUUUCGAACGGAUGAGGUCGAACGGAUAAACGGCUAAUUGAAAUUUUCGAACGGAUAAGGUCGAAAGGAUGAAUGGCAAAUCAAAAUUUCCGAACGGAUAAGGUCGAAAGGAUGACAUAAUAACAAGUCAUGUAGUAACAGUUAACGCAAAGCCCACCAAAUCGCUCAAAUUCGCCAUUUAGAGACGCAGAAACAACAAUACACAACAAACGAGGUAGAUUUACGUUGAUUGUGAACUUUAACAUAGACUUUACUCGAUAUAUAAGUUUACGAUUUAAGAUUCUUCAAUAUUCCUCUACAUUUCUUUAUAUUUCGAACAUACAAACGGACACACCGCUUCUGUGGGCGCCUUGUGUUUACAUUAUUAUCAAUCGAAUGACUUUCGUACCAAAUAAUUUAAUGGUUCACUUGUGAUGAGGAAUAAACCUCGAAAUCUCAAAUAAACUAGUACUGCAUUGAAAAUCAGUCUUUUUAGAGUGAAGGGAAUUUCUUUGCUGAGAAUAACAUCCCUGAUCAAGCGUCUGCCGCGCUCAUUUCCUUAAUUAAACAUAAUGUCACGCAAACAUUUCGACAAUGAUUUAAAGCAAUGAUUUUAAUACAUUUCGCUGCCAGAAUGCUUCCGCUGAGUAGGCGAUGCUUCUUCUUGUCUUAUCUUUCCUCUUCCAUAUCUCAGUGCGAACGAAAUAAUGAAUAAACAAACGAGCGCGUGCCAAUUUGUCGGCUGCGUUGAUUUGCAUAAUUUUGACAUGGCAAGAACAAGUCAUAACUUCAAUUCUACAACCCGUAUUGACACAAUCUGUGAAAAGAUCACUUGAAACGAGUCGAAACUUGACCGUUUAUAAUAAAAUAUUUUUAUUAUUGAAUUCCACCUAUUAAGAUAAGGUACAACCGAGCAACUUGUACGCAAAAAGCAUGCAAUUCAAUAGUGUCAAGUUCUAUUCAUGUGUAACAGCGGACGAAAGAAAACGUGUUGCUUUGGAAACAGCUUGAUAAAUCCAAUAAAAAUGCGUUGCCUUGGUUACUGCUAACAACUGCUGUCACUUCGUAGCCAUUUCACACAAUCACAAAAUGGAGAAUUCAACGAGGGAAGAUAUGGAUUGCGAUCACACCGAAAAUAUUUCAAGUAUCGUCCACAAAGUGCAAAAGUUUUUACAAGUUGGGUGCGGAUGUCAUCAAGGGUUGAAAGGUGGCCAGUGUUCGGAUUACUUCACAGUGGAAACAGUUAUUGGCAACCUAUACGACUGCCUGGAACUGUCUCAUGCGGAACUGGACUUAGUAAUCUUGGCAAACCUUCAAGCUUUCACGGCGGCUGAAGUAACCGGGGGGAAAAGAAAAAGAAUUCCAGCUUACAGCUUUCUCUAUCAGUCUCAUCCCAUUUGCAAAGAAAUGUUUCUGCACAUGUACGGCAUCAGUAAGUCUCGGUUUCAAAGGCUCUUGGAACAUUAUCAAAACCAUGGAAUUUCUAUGCGGGUACACGGGAACAGCAAGAGGCUUCCACAUAACACUGCCACAGGCCAUUGCAGAAGAUGUAAAAAACUUCCUACGCAAUUACGCUGAAGAGAAUGCUGUACUACUUCCUGGGAGAAUCCCUGGUUUUAAAAACGAGGACAUUGUGCUACUUUCGUCGAGUGAGACCAAAAUGCAUGUCUGGAACUGCUUUAAAAGUGCUUGUGAGGUGGCCAGUAAGAGGGUCGUGAGUUACACGAAAUUUAUCGAGUUAUGGAAACAAUUCCAUCCAAACCUCGUCGUGGCGAAGCCGAUGACUGACUUGUGUUUCACCUGCCAACAGAACACUUCUAAGCUUCUUCGAGCAGCCAAUCUUUUAGAGUCAGAAAAGUCAGAAUGUGUUUGCACCCAACAGUACCACUUAAAUUCAGUGCAGACUGAGAGAAAGCUUUACAACAAGGCUUGCGAUAAUGCUAAACGCAGUUUUAAAGCAUUAGAGGACAGCGUAGACAUUGAUGAGCGCCAUGACCCAUGCUCACUUGACACCACAAUGCACUACUCAUUCGACUUUGCCCAACAAGUUCAUUAUCCGAGUAAUCCAAUGCAACCGGGGCCAAUAUACUUUAAAACACUGCGUAAAUGUGCCAUCUUUGGAAUUAUGUGCGAGGCGAUCCCACAGCAGGUUAACUACCUCAUUGAUGAGGCCAGCGAUGUAGGCAAGGGAGCAAACACUACGAUAAGUUACGUGCAUCAUUUCUUCGAGUAUCACGGACUUGGAGAAACUUCCGUUCAUCUUCACGCCGAUAACUGUUUAGAUUUUAAUAUUUAGAUUUUUAAACACCAUUUGGGCUUUUGAUAUAACACUGACUGAUAACGGCUCCCACGCAGCCAUGAUCGGAAUCGAACUAGCUAAGAAACGCAGCAAAAUAGACCAGAUACUGACCAGGACAAAGAUAUAGACAAUGAUAUCAAGGCAAAACAAUAUAUAUUUUGAACUACUACAUAAAUAUUUUGACUCACUUGCAGUAAAUUUAGUUUUUCACUUCACAUACACAUUCGGCACUGUUGUUUAAAAAUUAAUUCCACAAACAGUACGUCUGCGCCGCCUGUGAAAACACAAGCUAAACGACGCGCAUGGUGAAACGCAGAGCCGGCCCAAAGGGAAUAAAGUGUCACAUUUAUCUUGCGAGCAAUGUUUAUCUUGAAAUUAAUCUCUCUCGCAAGGCAGAAGUGCGUGGCUUCUUAAGCCGCCACGAACACGUAAGGACCGUAAGGUUUUCAGUUUAAUAGGAGCUUGUGAAUAAAGCGUUUUUCCGUAAAAAAUGACGUGAGUAUAAUUUAAGCGGAGGUAAACAAAGAACAGAAGCGUGACGACUGUUUGCGUAAUGUAAACAUGACGGCAUGCGUCAUUUAACAAAGAAUGGCGAAUUUAUUGUUUUGAAAUCGUCUCGUCUUGUCUUCUUGGAGCAGCUGCCAAAUAGCUCGAGCCGUUCGAACGGCUGAUAUAUUUUCUCGAACGGAUAGCUCUAGCCGUUCAAACGGCUGAUAAAUUUUCUUGAAUGGAUAGCUCGAGCCGUUCGAACGGCUGAUAAAUUUUCUCGAACGGAUAGCUCUAGCCAUUCAAACGGCUGAUGAAUUUUCUCGAACGGAUAGCUCGAGCCAUUCGAACGGCUGAUAAAUUUUCUCGAACGGAUAGCUCUAGCCGUUCAAACGGCUGAUGAAUUUUCUCGAACGGAUAGCUCGAGCCGUUCGAACGGCUGAUGAGUUUUGUCGAAUGCAUAGCUCGAACCGUUCAAACGGAUGAUGAAUUUUUUAGAACGGUUAGCUCGAGGCGUUCGAACGGCAUGCCAGUCCGUUCGAACGGCUGAUGAACGGCUAUCGGUGUAAAAACGGCUAAGCGUUCGGAACGUUUUUGCCUGAGAGGUCACAAUUUACCUUAACAAAAGAUGAAAAAGAUGAAGGCAGAUAACAAGGAGGAGCGAGGAUAGCGAAAACUCCUGCCAGAUAGCCUAAAGCCACCAAAAGCCGAAGAAAGGAAAAUGGACUGGGAACUAACAUCUGUCUCGCAUGGCUCACAUGAUGACUCGCAUGACUCGCUGGCUCGACUCGCAUGACUCACUGGCUCGCUGGCUCGCAGUUUGUUGAGACCCGACAUAUUUGAUAGGUUCCAUAAGAAACUGUCCACUUUGCUUCCUUUGCAUCUCCCUACAUCUUCCUCUUCCAUCUAUUAGUUAUAUAUUAUAAGUAAUAGACUUUGCAUUCCUGGCAUGGAGUUUCUACUGCUACUGAGAGUGUGUCUUCGAGGCAUCUGAUUGGCCCUAGAUAGACAAUGUUUUUGUUCUAUUUCAUUUCUGUAUCGGCUAAAAUAACGUCACUGUUUUGGAUUCUGGAAUGUACUUUGCAGUCACUUGAUUUUGUCUGUACUGGAGAGUGAGUUGUGUACAAUGUUCAUCAAAAUUUUUGUUACUUUCUUGUUGACAGCAGAAUGCGUAGUUUUCGAUAAAAUUUAGACCUGACCUUUUGGAGGAGUGGGGAGAACAUAAGAAGAGCAAGUAUGUGUUAAAUGUUUGGCGAAUGUGCUCUCUAGACAUUGUCUUAAUGAAUCCAAUCUCGUUACCAGUGUUUAGAAUCCUGGAAAUGCAGUUGUUAGUGAGUUCUGAUGUCAUAGUUUGCGUUCAAAUCAGGUGAACCAACUCUUAGUUGAUUCUUUCCGGUUGCAACUUUGCUCUCAUUUGGAGUGAAGUGAAGACGACUUAUAUUCUCCACAGACCAGUGACAGCGUAGAAAUGACAUUUGUCUCCUGUGUUAAUGUGCACCGAAGUUAUAAGCAAAGAAAAUGUCUCAAACACCACUAAGUUUUCCUUGAGUUAGAUUUUUUCACAACACGUGGAUAAAAUGGCUCAAUUUAUCUUCCUGGCUGGCUAAAUGUCGGUUAUUUUUUUGCUGGCAAAAAGGGAAGAAAGACACAUUCCUGGCCGGGGAAAUGCCUUUUUGGUAAAAAUCCUGUUUGGGAAAAUUCCUUAAGGUAAAGAUCCUGGCUGGAUAUUAUAUUUUAAUACCCAUUUCUAGCUGGCUUUGGUGAGCGGAUAUAAUUUUGCCACAGAUGUUAACAAUCAAUUUAAAAACAAUUAGUGACAGUUAAAAUAUUACUGGAGGUGAUAUCCAGUCACUUUUGAAUUUUUUCUUGUUAGGUACUCCUGAAUCCGUUAGUCAUAGGCUCAAUAGUAGGGCUCUCCAUAAGUGGUUGCUCGGCAACUUUUUAGCAACUUCUCAUAUUUCAAAGAGCUUUUUUCGUUUCGAGCAACUUUUUGCAGUCUGAGCAAUUUCUCUAGUUUUCUAGCAAUUCUGAGAUACUGGAGCAGCCUUUAGUGCUUAAAUUGGCCUUAAUUCCAUAUUUCACAAUGUUUAAGCAGACAAUUUAGGAAUUUCCUGUGAAAAAGGAGCCAGGUCGUCCUCCCUGGGGUAGAUCAUUGGCGCAAAAUGCAUGCAGCCAGGCUGCUAGGUCGGCGAUUUUUACAACAAAAUUCAAAAUAUCGGCAAAUCCCAUCUCAAGUGAAACAAUUAUAUUGACUUAUACUAGAACCUUCACAAGAUUAAUUUUGAUAUUGAAAGGGGCCCAUGACUAUGAGGCCAUGGGCUCCUGAUAUGAGAGAGAUUAAGAUUCACCUUUACGCCAAAUGGCAAACGUGAAUUUGUACCAUGUGACCAAGUUUUUCCGUUAAUUGUUGUUAACUGUUUAUUAUUUCAACUAAAAAAUAAGUAGUUUUACGCCAGUUUUAUACAUAACAAUUGUCCUCGACUGUUUUUAUCUGCUUAUUUUCUAUUCUGAGAAAUUCUCAACUUGAAUCUGACGUUUGCCGUUUGGCGUAAACAUGAAUCUUAAUCUCUCUAUUCAUGUAAUGUCUCCACUCAUAAAUUUUUUGCUUUUAAUUGAGAACAAAGUUGCUUAGUGUCACCCCGAAAGCAAAAAUGCUUCGAAAUUCUACAUUUUGUGUUACAAUUUGCAUAUUUUUCGAAGGCAUUGUUUUUUGGGGAAACUUUUGAGCAACUUCCAUCACAAAAAACAACUUUUGACUUUUUUUAAGCGACUUUUAAGCAACGUUUUGAGAAACCUCAAGCAACUUGAGGAAAGCCCUACUCAGGGCUGUCAACCGCCUAUGUCAUCAAACAUUGAGAAUUGAUAGGGAAGAGAUAAUAGAUGACGUCGUAUCGCACCACAAAUGAGGUCAUUUGUUCCAAAAUUCUGAUCAAAUAUGGCACAUAAACAGUUCAUAUUUAUCCACAUUAUCGCUUAAAUUACACUGGCAUACAAGCAUUUUUGAGGAAACGUUCCACGCUAACAGCAGCUCAGACCACGCAAAAUAUAGAAAUUUUACGGUUGGAAAGUCGAGUCUACAGGAAAUACACUGUAGCAACUUUGGUGAAUACCCCGCAGUUAUCAGACUCUAAUCUAGAGAUGGGGAGAUACAGUCUGAAACCUGGAGUCUCCUGGAUUAUCUGGGAGAGUUGACAGCACUGCCUACUCAAUAGACCUUGUCACGGUUUUCGACACUAUCUUGACGAAUGGGCAAAUAUGUGAGAAAUGUACGUGUUUGCAUGAGAGUCGAAUGUCGAGUAAUUUCCAUAAAACGGCUGUUCUGAACAAAAAAUGAAUUGUAAAGCUACACAGCAAAGGAUUUUACUAACAAAUUGUGGGGGCCAUUACUGUGCUUAAAUUUCCCCCUACGCUUCCUUUAGAUUUCCAUAUAUCUGUCUGCAAUUUUUGCCCGAAAAAUUUUAGUCCAUGGGAAGAGAAAUUUUAAGAGACAAAUUUAAAUGACAAUUUUAACAGGUAGUUCUGGCGCUUGUAGCUGUAUACUCUGCCAGCAGAGUCACUUCGAUCUUUCCUAGAUAAUUCGGGAAAGAGGAAACAUCAAAGCGACUCUGCUAACAGGAUAGUUAUGGUGGCUCUGAGGUUCCACACAGAAAACCCGACACUCUUCUCUUGUUAGCAGCUUUUUUAGCGACUUACCAUUUCUAUUGUGGGCUCAAGUUAUGUGCCAUGUGUUGAUCGAGGUGGCAGAGUCCAAGAAUGAAGUCGAUGAGGUAAACAUACUAUUACUAUUUGCUCUUACCUGCUUCUGCUCACUUCUAAUUGUAUAAAAAUAUUAAAUCGAACACCAACCAUACCAUUUAACUUCUGUCUUCAUACCUGCGAAUUUCUCGAAAAAAGAGGGCUGAAAGAUAAAGAGGUCCGUGGAUUCAGAGAUGAGAUGGUAAGCUUAGCCUCUACCUCGAAGAAUUGUUAUUCAUUUGUCACAACUCAAUUUACAAGGCAAACAGUGAUAAACUCCUUCGUUAAGAUCUUUUCUCUUGGAAGUUCAUCACAUGUAAGCUCAUUCUAUUAUCAAAGUCUCUGGAAAUGUUGUGAUAAGUUAAAAAAUUGGUAUGUCUACCAGCUGGCCUUUAUUUAUAAUUAAUAAAUAAAUAUUAACUGAUAAGAUUUGAUUCUGAGAACAAGUAUAAAAUGGAUAAAAUUAUUUGGUAUAAAAACAACUGCAAAAUGUCUACUGACUUGAGUACAGUACUUAAUGGCACAACCUAUGAAAAAACGAUUGCCUUUUAUUUUGUCUAGACUGAUUUUUCCCGCAGUAACCACUGCCACUGAUGACUAGUUGAAGAAAGUAGGAGUCUUAAGAAGAGAUCUACUUUCCUUGCAAGGAUUUGUGAAGCAAAAAUUAAAAGGAGAAAACAGAGAUAAAAAGAAAAGAAAGUUACUGGAUCUUCUUAAAGGGAAAGGAAAACCCACGAAAAGAAAGACUGAAGAUAAAACUGGUACUGGAUUAGGCUGACUGGAUCUGCAGCUACAUGAAGCAACAAGGGUAAGAAACAAGCCAACGCAUGAUCCAUUUGGAAUGGCUACAUUUCGAUCCUUCACAGAGAAGGUAUGUGUCUGUUCCUCUCUUAAAAGGUGGUGGCACCAGAACCAUAAGUGUAGAAGAUGACUCAAAUGUACAAGAUUUGGUUAAGAUUGGGAAAUCCAUCUUCUUCCCUAAUGGUGAGAACCUUUUUGGUAACAUCGCAGAAAUGAGAAAUUCAGUUCGAAAUUUCAAGUGUCAAGAAAUAGCAAAGAACUGGACUUUGUCUAAAUACAUUGCUGAAAAUGCUUUGACCAGAGUGAGACUUUACCUGAUGACUAAAUCUGACAAAAAGCAAUGUGAAAGUUUGGAGUCUAAUCAUGAGCUCCCUCUAGUUUUCGAAGUGGAUAGGAUGGUUAACCAAUUUGACACUAGGGGAGGUGAUGCAGGUGUUGAUAUAAGUCAGAGUAAACUGAUUAGCACCUCUUCUGACCGCGAGAAUAUAAGGGGCCAACAAGAGAACGAGUAUGAAGAGUCCCUUGCUAUUGACCAAAGUCAAGAACAAGAAAGGUUGAAACAAGAGGAGACCUUGAGAAAGCAGCUGUAUCUGCAAGAAGCUAGGAAAGCACGAGUGCCCAUUGAACCCAGCAUGAAUGAACUGUGUGCUGUUUUCUUGGUUCGCUAUGUUGUCCUUGGUAUAGAGAAAAGGAAGUUAAAAACUACAGAAAAAAUAAGUGCUGUUUAUUUAUGGUGGGAUAUGGAAAGACGAUUAUGGGAUAGACGAACAAGGAAGCAUGUGAGUCGAGGAGUUUACAAUGGCAAGACCUUAUUCAGUUGUUAUAAUCCGGUUCAAUCCGUUGCUUGAAUGGGUAUAUUUGGACUCUACAAUUGGUGACGAGGAUAGACAACGAAAUUUUCAGCCAUACGCAGAGAAAAUAGGGCUAUGUGGCAUUAGGCAUUAUUAGUAGUGUUACUUUAUUGUAUUGACUAGUGAGUCGCGUGCACCUGGGCAAGCAGACUCUGUCUUUACCCAGACUUCUUUGCUCUGUUGACGUUGUUGUUGUUGUUACUUUUCCACCAUUUUGUUCAGAUCGUGUUGUGUUGUUUCUAAUGACCUUGUUGACUGGCGUGGUGGCAGCAGUUAAAACGAACUCAUUACUGAAGCAGUUUCCCCCUUCACAAACUUGUCAAAAAACAUCGAAUGGAAACCAACAGUCAGCGAUAGCAUCCGCUCGAUAAACACAGACCAACCCAAUGGCAGCCACUGCAUGUGCACCAAAAGAAUGGUGCCUUACCAAGACAGAGACUGUAACUUACUUUGAGAAUUGGCAUCAAAACCUCAUGUAUACCCUUUCCUUAGAUGCUCAGUUCGUUCCUUUUUCCUUAGACGGAGCUAGGUGGUUAAAGAGGACCAAAAACAGCCCCCUUCGAAGCUACCCAAUUACUGUCCAGUUAUUUCCAGAAUCACCAUCCUCAAGAACUCAACUACUAUGGGCUCCAUUUGGUCAGCCAUAAGCCUGCAUUUCAGGUUCAAGGCCACAAGAGCACAUUUCCCUGAUUUUUCAGAAAUCCACCUCAAGCAUGGCCAACGACCUGAGGAUCUUUACGAAAGACUUUGUGGCUUUAACAGAGGAUAACCUCCUUCACAGCAACAACAUACAACACCAUGGAGCGCUCCUCACUGAAGAUGAAGAAUUGACUACCACUUUGGAGAAUGUUAUUGUACUCACUUGGUUACGGCUUGUGCAUCCUGACCUCCCAAAACUAGUGAAAUAACGUUACGGGACUGAACUCACUCUCGCACACUUUCCUCCAUAAAGCCUGAGAUCUUGCAAGCUCGCCAAUCUUUGCUGGAUGAAAUCCAUGCCAGUAAAGAUGCUAAGGGAAUGUGCAGUGCUGCCUCCUCCUGUCGCAGGCUGCCAAGCCCACCACUCACUUCUGAACACGCCCUAAAUCCUGUCCCCUCUGCAAACAGGCCAGACUUCCACCACUACUUAAGCAAGUACACUUAUCUCCCUGACACCGAUUGAAAGUUCAUCGCAAAAGCUAGGCAGUUCGUGGGCAUUCUCGAUUGUGAUGAGUCGGAUCCUGAGGAAAAACCACAGGACUACCAGCCUGUGCCUACUGGAAAGCAACCAACUGCCACUGCAUUGAGAAUCCAGGUACGCCAGUCUCCCUACCUGGAUCCACUGUAUCAUAACAACCCUGUCCAUAUUACCAUAGACAGUGGGGACACUGGUAACAUGAUUCAUUUCUCCACUGUCCAGUAGAUGAAAGUUGAGAUUCGUAAGAGUGUCCAGUCCGCCCAUCAGGCUGAUGGAUCAUCCCGGCCCCAAUAAAGGUCAUCAGUGAAACCAAGCCUUCUUUUACUCACGGACAACAUGUGUUCCAGUUUGAAGCACUGGUCAUGGAAAACUUGGAUGAUUACCCUUGCGGAUGGCUCGUCCUUCACAUAUGGGUCUUCUGAUGAUUGUUCUACACAGUACGUUGCACUGUGGUCCUCUGCUCUCCCACAACUUCAACCGCAUUAUGGCCUGGAGAUUAUAUCGAACUAGAACUCCCACAAGAUCUCCCUCCAGACUCACUCCAUGCUUUGAAGCCCCACUCCGACAUUCCUCAGGUCCACCUAGUAACCACUUCAGAGCUGCAAAUUCCAAACUUGUCAGGCGAACCCAUUUAGCUUAAACGACAUGAGCACUUUUGUCAGUUUAACCCCGUCUUCACCCCUUAGUACUCAUGAGCAGCCUCAACACACCGCCAAACUCUCUAAGCAGUCAAUAAACCUGUCACCUUCUGUAUCUGAUACCAGCUUCUCAUCAGCUUUUUACGUUGACCCAGACAAUCUCUUACAGCCCGAUAUGAAGUCGUCAUUUCGCUCCCUCCUAAGUGACUGACUCUGUUUUUGACCCCACAAUCCAAGGUUAUGAUGGUGCCGCUGGCCCUUUUGAGGCUAAAGUGAACCACCACAACGAAAGGGUCAUCUGCCUCAGUACGCGCAGAGCAAACUUGUGGACCUCCAAAACAAGUUUGAUGAGUUAGAGAAGCUAGGCGUCUUCAAUUGACCAGAAGAAAUAAACAUCACUGUGCAGUAUCUAAACCUAUCAUUCCUCAUCAAAAAGAGUAAGGGUGGUUACCACUCGGUCACCGCCUUUGCUGACUUGAGAAGAUACAGCAAGCCUCAACCAUCGCUCAUGCCUGACGCUGAUUCCACCCUUCGUCAAAUCGCUAAGUGGAGGCAUAUCAUUACUACUGAUCUCACAAGUGCCUUUUAUCAAAUUCCUCCCGCCCCCGAGUCUAUGAAAUACUGCGGAGGCCUUAUCCAUCACAGCUGCAACAAAACACUUCAGCUCUUACUUCAUUCAGUCGAAAACACCAGCAGCAAACCUUGUGUACAGUCCUUUGAAAACCUAUGUUGCGGUGAGUUUUCCUCAAGCCCUCGUGUAGCUAUUUUCCUCUCCACUGUCAGUAGAUACCAAGCCUCUGUUCAUCAUGUUCCUGUAGCUGCAAUCUUACCUUCUGACUUUGUGAGUAGCAAUGCUUCUGAGUGUGACAACCCAAUAUGCCAAGUUUGCAGCUUUGUUCAAUGCACUGAGGAUUUUGUGGCUCUCCGCACAUCUGUCCAAAGCAUACUGUCAGGAACUGCUUAACUUCCUUUCACUAGCUGAGCUGCUUGGCUUGCUCUCCAGACGGAGUCUCAACCUACAGCGCACUCAUGCCCAUCUUACUCAAGGCACAUACCCUUCCAAGAAGUUGACAAACAAUAAUGAUGUAAGACGCUACCCUAAUGUCGCCACAAUCGCUUGCUAAACUUAAUGAACUAGUGCCUACCCGAGGGUGUAACAUCAUCCCUUGCCAGGUCCUCGACAGUCUCUUGUCUGCUUUACACAUCCACUUCAGCCACCCUUUCAGCCACCAACUGAAGAUGGUCACCCAACGAUAUCUCUUUGCCCUCGAUAUGGACAAAGCCAUUGAUCAUGUCACUACUAGCUACCAUCAUUGUGGUUCACUCCGCACAGUUCCCACUACUGUGGUAAAGUAGUCUACUAAUCCACCACCUGAAGCUGUUGGUAUCUCCUUUGGUACUGCCAUCACGAAACGAGCCAAAAAGUUUAUUCUUGUCUUGCGUGAAUGCAUCACUUCCUACACAGGAUCAACCCUCCUUCCUAACAACCGCCAUGACACACUACGCGACGCCCUUAUGAGCCUCUGUAUUAACAUGCGACCUUUGGACAUUCCCCUUGCUGUUAUACGAACUGACCCUACCCCUUGUUUCAUGGCCCUCAACAAUGACCCAGUCCUUGACGACCACAGAAUUGCUCUUGACAUCGGCAGAGUCAAGAAUUGAAACAAGAACACUGUUGUGGAAAGAGCUGUCCAAGAACUUGAACUCCUUCGACAGGACCCCAUGGUGGGCCAGUCUCCCCGGGUUUUACUCAGUCGGCAUUGGCCACCUAGUGUACCUCUAUUGUGACCAAAACAAAUAUCGUGGAAGAGAUCACUACCUAGUUACGUCCACCGAUGGUACUUGGUGCCAGGUAAGAGAGUUCGUCGGUUCACAGCUGUGGAGCACCACCUAUCGUAUUAAGAAGGCGAGUGCUACGAAGUACCUAUGGAUGCUUCACCUUCCCUGUCAAAUCACAUGCGCAGUGCACGCUUUGACAGCAAUGACGAGGAUGAUACCUCUUUGCUACCGGCCUCACCACCAUAGAUACCUACAGCUCCUCCCACACCCACACCUCAACUUUACCGGACCACAGAAGAUGCCUUACCUCCGCCCACCCCACCACCAGUGCCCGCUGCUGUCUCUACUCCUUUUUCUCAUUCCAAUACAGAUACUAACCGUACAUCCUUACCAUCUCCCUGCAACCAGCCAGACCAGGACGUCGUGCCAAAAUGACCCACAGCCACUCACUGCACUCCGCAAUACCUAGAGGACUUUGUAUUGUAUUAGUCUCUCUCUCAAGACCCUGUCAUUACGAGAGAUGAAGAAAAGAGACAGGAAAAGCCACAAUUGCGCCAUUAGGCAUUAUUAGUUGUGUUACUUUAUUGUAUUGACUAGUGAGCCGCGCACACCUAGGGAAGCAGACUGUCUUUAGCCAGACUCCUUUGCUCUUUAGAUGUUGUUCUUGUCGUUACUUUUCUGCCAUUUUGUUUGGAUCGUGUUCUAAUGUUUCUAAUUAACUUGUUGACUAGCGUGGUGGCGGCAGUUAAAAUGAACUCAUUAGUGAAGCAGUUUCCCCCUUCACAAACUUGUCAAAAAACAUCGAAUGGAAACCAACAGUCAGCGAUAGCAUCCGCUGGAUAAUCACAGACCAUCCCAAUGGCAGCCACUGCAUGUGCACUGAAAGAAUGGUGCCUUACCAAGACAGAGACCGUAAUUUACUUUGAGAAUUGGCAUCAAAACCUCAUGUAUACCCUUUCCUUAGAUGCUCAGUUCGUUCCUUUUUCCUUAGACGGAGCUAGGUGGUUAAAGAGGACCAAAAACAGCCCACUUCGAAGCUAGCCAAUUACUGUCCAGUUAUUUCCAGAAUCACCAUCCUCAAGAACUCAACUACUAUGGGCUCCAUUUGGUCAGCCAUAAGCCUGCAUUUCAGGUUCACGGCCACAAGAGCACAUUUCCUUGAUUUUUCAGAAAUCCACCUCAAGCACGGCCAACAACCUGAGGAUCUUUACGAAAGACUUUGCAGCUUUUACAGAGGACAACCUCCUUCACAGCAACAGCAUACAACACCAUGGAGCGCUCCUCACUGA